AUGUCUGAGAUCACUCACCCCACUAUCAAGGAUGGCUGGUUCUCCGAGCAGUCGGACAUGUGGCCCGGUCAGGCCAUGAACCUCAAGGUCAACCAGAUCCUGCACCACGAGAAGUCCAAGUACCAGGAUGUCCUUGUCUUCGAGAGCACCGACUACGGCACCGUCCUCGUUCUGGACAAUGUCAUCCAGUGCACCGAGCGGGAUGAGUUCUCGUACCAGGAGAUGAUUACUCACCUGGCCAUGAACUCCCACCCCAACCCCAAGAAGGUCCUGGUCAUCGGUGGUGGAGAUGGUGGUGUCCUCCGUGAGGUUGUCAAGCACGAGUCCGUCGAGGAGGCCAUCCUGUGCGACAUUGACGAGGCUGUCAUCCGUGUCUCCAAGAAGUACCUCCCCGGCAUGAGCAUCGGCUUCCAGCACCCCAACGUCAAGGUCCACGUCGGCGACGGCUUCCAGUUCCUCAGGGACCGCAAGAACGAGUUCGACGUCAUCAUCACCGACAGCUCUGACCCUGAGGGUCCCGCCGAGAGCCUCUUCCAGAAGCCCUACUUCGAGCUCCUGCGCGAUGCUCUUCGUGACGGAGGUGUCAUCACCACACAAGGUUGUUCGUCGCCUUUCCUUUCUCCCAUCUGCCCUUUGUCACCUUUCCCUCUCCUGUCACACCUCUUCCUUCCUCUCAUUCUCUUCCUCGCCGAUUCACACCCCCACUCAUCGUUAUCUAGUGCCACUUCUCGCGGAGCACAAGCACAUACUGCCUAG